AAAAAGCUGUCUGACAUCAGAUCUGGGAUCCUGCAAACCCCGUAUUUCUUUCCAUGAUAUUCUUGAUGUCCUUCCUAAAACCAGGGCUGAAGGUUUUGUGACAGGAAAACAGGAGAAUUUAUAUCUAGUGAAGAGCUCAUAGCGAACACUCCAAACACAUUGCAGAGAAGAAAUCGCAGUACCUCGGCAUUAGCUCAGCAUGGAGACCCUGACUCUGGUCCUGCUAUUUCUGAUCACCUGUAUCCUUUGUCUUUACCACUGGAGUCACACGAAUAAAAGACAGAACCUGCCUCCUGGACCAACCCCAUUGCCUAUAAUCGGCAAUCUCCACCAGAUGAAGUUAGGGAAAAUGAUGGAGUCUUUGAUAGAGAUGAGAGAGAGAUAUGGAGACGUAUACACUCUAUACCUAGGACCACGGCGGGUGGUUGUUCUCUGUGGAUAUGAUGCUGUUAAGGAAGCUCUGGUCGAUCAAGGAGAAAUCUUUGGGAUGAGAGGUCUACUGCCAUCUAUAGAAUUAUAUUUUAAAGGGAAAGGAGUAAUAUUUAGCAAUGGAGAAAGCUGGAAACAGAUGCGUCGUUUCUCCGUUACCAAUCUCAAAACUUUUGGAAUGGGAAAAAAGAGCAUUGAAGAGAGAAUACAAGAGGAGGCUCAUUUUCUGGUGGAGGCAUUGAAGGAAACUAAUGGGACUCCAUUCAACACCACUUGCCUCUUCAGAGAGGUGAGUGCUAACAUCAUCAGCGCCAUCAUCUUUGGGAAAAGGUUUGCCUAUGAAGAUCCUGAGUUCCGCAGGCUCAUGCACAUCAUUGAUGAAUUAUAUAUAUCCAUUGCUUGUUUCUGGGGCCAGCUGUAUGACAUGUUUGACCUGUUGAUGAGGUAUAUACCAGGACCGCAUCACAAAGCAACUAAGAUCCUGUUCCAGCUAGAUAAGUUUAUUAAGGAAAGGAUGGAUAUUGAAAAGGAGACACUAGAUCCAAAAAGACCACGGCACAUGAUAGACAGUUUCCUUAUCAAAAUGAAAGAGGAAAAGAAUAAUCCACUCACAGAGUUUGAUAUGCAGAAUUUUUUUAUAAACACUUCAUCUUUGUUUCUUGCUGGAUCAGAAACAGUGAGCACAACAUUAAGACAUGGCUUUCUGCUGCUAGUGAAACACCCUGACAUCAAACGUAAAGUGCAAGAGGAAAUUGACCAAGUGAUUGGCAGGCAGCGAGACCCUGAGCCAGAAGAUCGGGAGUCUAUGCCAUACACAGAUGCCGUCAUCCAUGAAAUUCACCGUUAUGCCAAUGUGAUUCCCAUGAACCUUCCACAUUCAGUUUCUAAGGACACUAUGUUGAAUGGAUUUAUGAUUCCUCAGGGUACAGAUGUAUUUCCUAUCCUGACAUUUGUUCUCCAAGAUCCAAAAUACUUUCCUGAUCCAUUUACUUUUAACCCUGAUCGGUUCUUAGAUGAAAAUGGAAGUUUUAAAAAGAAUGAUGCCUUCCUGGUGUUUUCUGCAGGAUUGCGUACCUGUGUUGGGGAAGGUUUGGCCCGCCUUGAAAUGUUCCUCGUCCUUACCAGCAUUCUGCAGAAUUUUAAUAUCACUUCUCCCAUAGAUCCCAAAGACUUGGACAUCUCACCACAAAUGGUUGGGCUCACCAAUGUGCCACGUCCUCACAAGACUGGCUUCGUCCCACGUUGAGUAAAGCAAAUGGAGACAAUAAGGGCUCAUUUUCAGUUGGAUGGAAUUUGUGUCUACAUAUAACAAGAAUUAUUAUUAUUAUAAAUAUAAUAAUAAUAAUAAUAAUAAUAAUAAUAUUAAAUGAUCCCCCUACUUA